AUUUAUAUAAUAUAAAUUUAUUGUUAAAAAUAUUCCGGGGUUUUUAUGGGUACCAGCAGGAAUGUAAGAAAUUAGAUAUGGAUUAGAGAGAAUGUACCAGUUUAUCAAUAUUUACCAAUGGAUACCAUUACUUUUAUUAUAAUUGUGGCCGUCUUGUAUGCCGUUUUAUUAUUCUUUGACACGUUUUUCAAGACUUGUGCCCACUACCCUUACAUUGAAUUUUUACGAAGUACUGGCCUCAAACUUAGUUUUUGUUAUGUAAAUUGGGAGACUAAGUUUUUUAAUAGAGUUCUAGUAAGAUGGGGAAGUGCAUUUAAAAGAUUCUUCCAUGUAUGGUACACCUUAGGUCUAUACGUGUCUCUAGCAGUUUUACCUUUUACCCUUGUGUUGCUUGUUGUUGCAACAAGUCAGAUAUUUCUUGUUAAAGAAGAUGUUAAGAAAAUAGUGUCCUUAGAGCCUGUGGUACCUGGUUUAAAUCUGCCCUCUUCAGAAUUAGGGUUUUAUAUUAUAUCAAUGCUAAUUUGUAGCCUAGUUCAUGAAUUGGGGCAUGCUUUGGCAGCUGUAAACGAAGAUGUACAUAUUGAAGGCAUCGGUUUUUAUAUAUUUUUCAUAAUACCUGUUGCUUAUGUUAAUUUAAAUACUGAUAAAUUAUCGAAGAUAAGUUUGUUAAGAUCUUUAAGGAUUUUUUGUGCAGGUGUUUGGCACAAUAUUGUUUUGGCUGCUGUCGCUUGGAUAUUGUAUUGUAAUAUACCUCAUUUUUUUUCGUUAUUUUAUUACGUUAAUAAUGGCAUAAUUGUGACAAAUGUUGGGGAUAAUUCGCCUUUGUCGGGAGUAAAGGGUUUACACGAUGCUGACAUCGUUACCAAAGUUAACGAUUGUAUUGUAAAGUCUGUCGACGAUUGGAACAAUUGCCUGGUCAAUAUGAAAGGGCAUAAGAUCGGUUUUUGUGUCGAGAGCGAUUUUAUUCGAUCCUUAGACGAAAGUGUGUCGGUUUAUUAUGAUAAAUUCGGUAUUUUAAAUUGUUGCGAUCCAAAAAAGUCGGAAAAUUUGUGCUUCGAGUAUAUAGAGCCUGCUGAUGGGGUAGCAGAGAUGCCCCAACAUCUCUGUUUACCCGCUCGAAAGUUGGCUGAGAAAUACGAUUUUUAUUGCAAUUCUGAUUUACAUUGUCCAAACACUUUUCAUUGUGUUCAACCGAUCCUUUCGAAUUCGACGUUCUUUUUUAAUUUUAGACGAAUAAGUAAACCAAACGUAGUAUAUUUAGGACACUAUUAUGACGUUUUACAAGACGUAGAGGUCUCAUCUUUUAUUCCAAGAAUGUUUUUUGAAUCCGCGUCUUUUCCUAUGAUCGUUCUCAAAUUGUUAUUGUAUUUAGUAGCGUUUUCAUUAGGUUUAACUGUAGUAAACUUAAUUCCUUGUUAUUGCAUGGAUGGACAACAUAUAAUUAAGUUAAUAAUGUACUUGAUAGCACCAAAACAUUUAGAUAAGAACGAUGUUAAUGUGAUAACGUUUGUUAUUGUUUUAAUUGGAACUUUUUUGUUUUGUUUCAACUGUUUAAUGAGCAUGUUUACAUUGUUAUAAAU